AUGAAGCUUUCUAUGAUAGUAGCUUCAAUCCAUCCACGUGCAUCUUCCUCUAUUUCCCAACCUAACCCUACUUUUUCAUCUUUUGAAUCCAACACAAGCUCACAAUUCAACAAGCUUUUACCCUCAUGGAACCAACUCAAACCUCACACAACUAAACACAACUUCCCCAAACUUGGUCCAAAAUGGAAGCAAUACCAAGGAAUCAAUCAUUGGGAAGGCUUGUUGGAUCCUCUUGAUGAUAGCCUACGAUCAGAAAUCUUAAGAUAUGGCCACUUUGUCGAAGCUACCUAUAAAUCCCUUGACUUUGAUCCUUCUUCUCUCACCUAUGCCACAUCCCUUUAUUCAAAAAAAUCACUUUUGAGUAAGUGCGGGUUAGAAAAGUAUGGAUAUCGAUUAACCAAAUAUCUUCGAGUUACAUGCGGAAUUCGCGUACCAACAUGGAUAACUAAAACUUUUAAACAGACAUGUACCAGGUCUAGUUGGAUAGGGUACGUGGCAAUCUGUGAAAACAAGAAAGAAAUUACCAGACUUGGUCGACGCGACAUUGUGAUUGCUUUUAGAGGAACAGUUACAUGUUUGGAGUGGUUGGAAAACCUACGUGUCUCCUUGACACAGUUACCAGGUCUUGUGAUGGGAGAAGAUGACGUUGGUCCCAUGGUGCAAAAAGGGUUUUUGAGCCUUUACACCUCCAAAACCACUGCGGGUGCAAGUUUGCAAGAAAUGGUGAGACAAGAGAUUAGAAGAGUGAUUCAAAGAUACACCAAUGAGCCACUUAGUUUAACCCUAACUGGUCACAGUCUUGGAGCUGCUCUUGCGAUUCUGAGUGCUUAUGAUAUAACUGCUACUUUCAAGAAUGCACCAAUGGUUACUGUCAUAUCUUUUGGUGGACCUCGUGUGGGAAAUGAAGGUUUCAAGAAGCAAUUGGAACAAAAAGGAAUCAGAGUUCUAAGAAUAGUAAACUCUGAUGAUGUUGUAACAAAAGUUCCAGGACUCAUGGUGAAUUUAGAUGAUGGUAGUGAAGAUGUUGGUGUGGGAAUCUGGUCAAAAUGGUUAUACAAGUACAUAGAAGACAUGGAAUUGGUGUAUGUUGACAUUGGACAAGAGUUGAGGUUGAGUAGUAGGGAGUUUCCAUGUCUCAACAAGAGAGAUGUUGCCAUGUGUCAUGAUCUCAGAACAUACCUUCAUUUGGUCAAAAAUUUCGUAAGCUCCUCUUGUGCUUGUAAACACAAAAAAAUCCACUCUAUUCACUCAUAA